GCUUGCGAAAUACGAAGCCAAACACAACCUCAUCUUCCUUAAACACUUAAUUAAACAUAAAGGGAGAUGGAGAAUGGGAGAUGGAGUCUGAGAGUCAUAUGUUUCGCUUUUUUCUUUGUCAUCACUUCCUCUUCUGCAGAGUUCCUCAUUCAACAGGUCACAGAGUAUAAUAGUUCUUACAAUCUCAACGCAAAUUUGGGAGAAGUGACUAGAGAGUUGAGAAGCGAGCGACCAUCAAGUAAGAUCGUAACAAUAGGAAAUUUCUCUGUGGUUAUGGAGAGAUUUGAACCGUACGAAUCCUCAGUUUUUGAGGCUUCUGGUUACAAAUGGAGGUUGAUUUUGUACGUGACUGGUAACAAAGACGAUGGAGGAAACAACCAUGUAUCACUUUACGUGAGGAUUGAAGACACAGACUCUCUUCCCACGGGCUGGGAGGUCAUGGUUGAUCUCAAACUCUUUGUGUUUAAUGCCAGACGGCACAAGUACUUGACUGUCACUGAUGAAGCGGUGAAACGAUACAACCAAGGAAAUAGAGAGUGGGGAUUUGGACAGUUGAUUCCUCUUUUAACAUUCCGCAACCCGAAUCAAGGUUUCAUCGUGCAAAACACUGUUUCUUUUGGCGCUGAGAUCUUCAUCAUCAGACCGGUCGGACAACAAGAGAGAGUCAGUUUUGUAUCAAACCCUCCGGACAACGUUUUCACUUGGAGAAUACUUCGUUUCUCCUCCUUGGAAGAUAAGAUCUAUUACUCUUCCGAGUUUCUUGUUGGAGACCGAUUCUGGAGAUUAGGGUUUAACCCGAAAGGAGAGGGAGAAGGAAGACCCCAUGCAAUCCCUAUCUUCCUAUACGCUCAAGGCUUCAGGCCAAACGCAGUCGAGACGAGCACCUGGGGAGCCGUUAAUCUGCGAUUGAGGCAUCAGCUAGGCUCCAACCCCAAAAGAGCAUCUUCUGCAGCUUGGUACCCGAUUCAACCAGGUCAUCGUGAGGGAGUAAGCAAUAUAAUCUUGCGUAAAGAUCUACAAGACGGAUACUUGGUGAAAGAUUCCAUUGUCUUUGAAGCCGAGAUGGUUAGGGUUUCUGUUACCAACAUUGUCCCCGUCUGAGGAUCUCUACUUGUUUACUAUCCAAACUUGUGACUUUUUUUUUUUUUGCUAAAAUUUGGUACUGUGACUUUGUUGAUGCUUGUUAUGUCAUAGUUCUUUCGCGUGAUCAAUAAAGUGUCUUCGACA